UAUCAACAAACUGAACAGUCAACAUGUUUAAGAUGUAACAAAGUUCAGUAGAUACAAAAUUAUUCAUUACUUGGUAGGUUUAUUCUUAUAAAUAAGACCUUCUUUAGCAGAAGGCUAAUCAAACACAAAGACAUAACAUUGAUGAAUUCGUUUAAAACAGAAAGUUGAACCGGUUAAUAAUAUGAUUAGGCUAUUCAUCACUGUACCAGGUCACAGUCAACUUCAAAUCAGGUAGAAAGAUUCAAGAAGUCCAAUCGCCUUAUGAUGAUUAGUUUGAUCAUGAGGUUCUCUACCUGGGGAUGAACAACUUGCCCGUGAGAGAGAGAGAGAGGCCAGUAUCCAUUGCAGAGCGGAUGAUCAAGCUGGUGAAGAAAAUCCACCACAAGCCCAAUAGUGCUCUAAUUAACAUGUGCAUCAUUCUGCCAAGGAGUGAGAACAGUUUCAAAAUUGCCGGAAGUGAUGAAGAAAGAAUAGACUUCUGGAAUGGCAAAGCAACCUCGACGAAAGUCAUGUAUCGACAAUAUUGUGUAAAAGGCACCAAAAUAUAUCACAAAGGCCGCAAAGACAGUUCAUCGUGUGCGUUGUUUCUCAUUCUGCAAAGACAGUGAACAUGUAAUCAUAUAGUUUGACACCAUACACAACGUUUCACCAUUACCAUAGUAUAAUAUACCACUCUCAUUGUAUAAUUUUGUACAUUACGAAACAUGUGUUCUGUCAUGAAUAAUAAUAUGUUUAUGUAAAUUAACAAUUUAUUGUUACUUUCGCAAUUUUUCAUAUGUUUUGAAAAAAA